UAACACAAAACAAGUCUGCGAAAGGGGACAGAAAAGGCCAGCCUAAACACCGGAAUAACUGCCACUGAGUAAGAAAAGAGAAGCAUAGAAUGCCAGGUGAACAGCCAAUGCAAGCAGAAGAAGUGAACUUCAAAGAGAAGUAUCGCUCUCUGAAGAGGAAAAUGAGAUUCCUCAUCUAUGAGCAAGAGUGUUUCCAAGAGGAGCUGAGACGCGCUCAGAGGAAACUUCUGAAGAUUUCCAGAGACAAGAACUUUCUACUAGACAGACUGCUGCAGUAUGAAAGGGUUAUUGAUCCUGGAACUGACUCAGACUCUACCCUAUCAUCUGAGGAUAGUUGCAAAGAUACAAAAAAGGAACAGGAAAAGAAGGUUGUCAAGAAGAAGAGAAGACCUAAGAAGAAGCCUGCCAAGAAAUUGAUGGGUACACCGGCCCUAGGAGUCAGCAGAGAUCCUCUACCUCAUGACCUUCGUACCUUACCACCUUCUCUUCAUCAGCAACUACCACACUUGGCAGAGCUGAUUCGAAAGGCCUCAGAAGGACUCCCUAUUUCUCAACAACCAGGAAUGCAAAUGCCAGGUAUGUCAACUACAGUCCAAGAGCAGCAGCAGCCACAUCCACCCCCGCUCCCUUCCCCUCUAUCCCUCCUCUCACCUCACCACCAGCACGCCCACCCUGCCCUGCUCUCCCCUACCGGAGGAAUGGGCCUACCCCUCUCCACCAUGCCCCACGUCUUUGAUCCCCGUGCCUUUGACAGGGGCAUGCAGCAGCAGCACCACCACCACCAGCCCCCACAGCAGUCGCCGUACUCCCUGCCUGGGCUGCUGGGGAUGGGACUGGGUGGAGGGCCCAUGGGGUUGGGAGGGGAGCUCCCUCAUAUGGAUCUCAAUGCCUUGACUGCUGCGGCUGCACAGGACAAGGUGAACCAAGAGAGAAGCAAGAAGAAAUCAAAGAAGGAUACCUCAGACAAACACCCCUCUGCUGCGCAGGGACCUUCUUCAUCCCACCAUCGUGUUCCUCUCCCUCAACCGUCUACCUCGUCAACACAGGAAGACAAUGAAGACCUAGUCAUUGAUGUCCGAGAUCCUAAAAUAUAGCAUUGUAGCUCCAUUCAUACAGAAUAGACUGUGACAUUCUUGAUGACUUCAACAGUUUAAUGCUAUCUCUCAUGAUUCAGCGAUCUCUGGCUUGGCUGUUAAAACAAGUUUACUAUACAGUGCAUCCCGGAAAACCGGGAUUCACAUGUCUUUCUCCUUCAAAAGCAAAUAAAUUUUAAUAUUUUAUUUACAUCAUCACAAUAUUCAGUUAUUCCUCUAUAUUUUGAUACCUGAUGAGACGAACACUUCACGCAUUAAUGAACAAAACGAGUUUGAAAUUUUAAUGUCAAAAUCAGGUUGCACAUAAAAAUCGGACAGGAUUGGUUCAUUAUACGACGAACGUGCUUAUUUGCCGAUUGGCUCAUUAACAUUUCUUUUGUAUUCUUAGUCAAGUUUCUCUCACUGAUCUCUGAAAUGAGAGUGGAUUCAGAUGCACACGUGAGUUUCUGCAGAAAUCAUUUCCAGUAUGCCUCAAUAUUUAUUGUUUGUAUUCUGCCAUGUGUCAAAGGUUUGCUAAGCUUUUGGUCUCAAUUUAAAGAUGACAUUCCAUUCUUACCAUAUGUUUAAAAUUUGUAGUAAAAACAUAUUUUGUAAUUGUUAAAUCUAUCUCUAAAAAUGGGUUUCCUUUUAUGUGGGGGACACUCUGCUCAUUUGAGUGAGAGAGGAGAGAGGUGUCCUCGCUUAUUCUCCCAGCCUGCCAGUUUAGGUUAUGAUGUUAAAGGUCUGCAUACAUCAAUCUCCCCAUUAAUUCAAGUACAUUUUAUUUCUGAGAUGAAUAUAUAUUUCAGUGCAACACUAUAUUACUAUACAUUGUUUCUCUUGUCGAGAAGUGCAUGUAUGUUACACCCAGUAAAUGUAGUAUUGUUUUAUUUUCCAUUGG